UCCUCAACAUCGCGGUCUGAGCACAUACGAGUAAAUGGGCCGCCUCUCCCUCUUCGACAUCAUCCAUCACUACUCUCUCCCGCUGUCGCAUACGCCCAUGCUCGCCUUCACGCCUACGCCCAUGCCCGUAAAUGUCCUUCUGCAGCGGCUGCUGGAUCCAUAAUACUAGUAGAGCCUACCACCAUAUCGCCGUCGCCACCCCCAUCUUCACCACCACCCGUCGCCUCCGCCAUCGAGACCUAUGUCUCCGCCUCCACGCCCGCGAGACCAUGGCCCAAGCACGCCCGAUCGCCGCUCCUCUUCGGCAGUCCUGUUCGGCGCCUUCCGCUCACUCACCAGUGGCCGUCUGAAGAGUCCAACCCCACCACCCGCGACCUCGUCCACGACAUACAUACCCAGACCCGCCUCUGUACCCCCGCCAAUAUCCAGACCCUCACGUGCAUCUUCUCUGGACGAGUCGGUGGCAAGCGCAGCCCACCCGGCAGCUGACGGCUCGUUGCGGCGUAUUGCGGAGCACACGAGGCAGAGGCAUGGCCGCCCAGUGGUGGGAGGCCCACCAGAGCUGCCCCAACUCGUGGACCAGCUCGACGAUCAGCGUUCACUUUCUGAGCGAAUUGCCGCCGUGGAUAAGAUAUGUACCAUUCUCGCUGAGUACCCUGUCGAACACAUGUUGGAUCUAUGGGCCCGGGCGAGUGAUCUGCUCCUUCCCGAGCAACCAGAAGAGACGGCCAAGGUCGGAUAUCGUCUGCUUCAGGCUUGUGUAGUCAAUCCCAAGCUCUCAGCUCUUGAGCGCAGCGUCUUCUUCGAUGCUGUGUCCCUGCGCAAGCAUGACCGUAGCUUUCACAAACGCCUGCGCAUCAUUUGCGACUUGACCAAGAAUGGCCGUGAAGUCGAGGCCUGCGAAUCAUCCCUUCCGCCCUUUCUUCUGUCCUCCUUCCACACCUGUUUCAAACAGUCGGUUGAUGCUCACAAGGCACAUCACCGCAAGACAUCCGGGGAAGCACUGCAGGAAGCUGAUAAUCUGGCCCGUCUCUUUGCUUACACCAUCGAUCUUUGCAAAUUCAAUUCUAAAAUAUUCAGCGACGAUGACCUCGAUAUCUUGCUCAAAAAGGCCAUCACCAUCUGCCAAAUGACUCCCCAACUGUAUGACAUUGAAAACUGCAUUCGCCUAUUCGACACCCUCAUCACCUACGUCCACAUCCCAAACAAAUCCCUGCGACCCUGCUUGGAGGUCCUAUGUGCUGUGUACGACAAGAUUCAUGCCCUGACAAAACAAACAUGGAACACUCUAAGCAACCUUUUCAAAUCACACGUGGGCCAAUCUGCUAUAUCUGCUCUCUUGCACACUCUCAUAGAGGGUCCAAUCAAGAAGAACCGUGAAUCUAGCGCUUACAGGGGAAUCAUCACAGUUCUCUCUCGACUCCUUCUCGAGGAUGGCCGAAACGGACUGCCCACGGUUCCCCUUACUUUACUUUUCCCUGCCCUCAAGUCCUCCAUCAGCAAGCCCCACAAGACCCAGGAAGACUUCGUCAUGGGCCUCAUCGAUGAGAUUCUAGGUGAGGAUAGGUUGCAGCAGCUACUCAUCACAGAAGUCGAUUGGAGCGAUUUACGCGACAUCAUCCACAUUUGCACAGAGCGGGACGACGAGCGGCUACAGGCCAAAGCAGAAGGUUCGCAGCACGAGAAACCAAAGCUUGUCAAUGGUCACGACAGUCACACACCCACACUGAAUGGCUCAACUGGAUCGGUAGCCUCUACAGACGAUCGUGAUCUUGAUUCCAUCUCUAAUCUCGAUUUGGCUUCGCCUAUUGCCCGCAGCGAGGUCGAAUUUCGCAAACUUGAUGGUCGCAUUUUCAGCGUUUUCGUCAAGUUGGACAAUAUUAGUAGAAACUUGGAUUACAUCCAAAAGGACUCUAUCAUGGAACUCUUCAUGCAUUUCGCACACCGUCUAAGCGACUCCACAGCUGAAAAUCUCAUCAGAUACCACGUGGAAGAACGCUAUUUCCAUCCUUCGAACAUCGACUGGCUCAAUGUCUGCCGUGGUAUGGUGACAGGGGUAUUGAGGGACAGUACUAGGCCGAGAGCGCUGCGGCUUUUGAGUAUCAGCACUCUACGAGAAACCUACAGCACAAUAGAAACUCUGGGCUCUCAUGAAUCUGUCCUUCAAUGUCAGUCUUUACUCCUGGAUAACCUCGAAUCCGAAAGCGAUAUUGAAGUCCUGGAUGCACUGGUCGACUUUGCUGUAGAUGUUGCAGACCGGGCUCCUUAUGCCCGAUUUCUUGCUACAGUUGAGCUCCUGAACAGGCGGCUAGAGCGUUCUAUCACAUCCAAUCCGCUACUGCUUGAGAGCACACCCUCGGCUCCUUCUUCAACGCCUCGUCUAAGGACCGAACGAUCGCUAGGAUCUUCUUGCAAUGUCAUCGCCACUGCUUUUGUGCGGCUUUUCAUCCGAAGCAUCAAGACCUCUGCUCGAAAAAUUCGUACGCUAUAUGAGAUAUUGCGCAGCAUCGCCGGUGCCGAAAAAUACGAGACGGAUGCUCGUCUGACUGUGCUGAGACUCCUCUUCCGCUUACGCGCUGACUCUACACAUGCAGUUUUCAUCAAUGAAUCUUCCGAGGGCGAAAGCUUGGCUGCAGUUUUGUGCCGGACGGAGGAGACUACAGUAGCGACCGAGAGUGGAGAUUACGCAACAGCCGUUCAAGAACAGCCAUCUCUUCGUGAGCAGCGCAAAACGUCAGGGAGCCCUCAGUCAUCUCUCAAUCGUCAAUCAGGCCGUUAUGCGAGCGUUGCUGGACGCGUACUCAAGCCGCUUCCGUCUCUAUGGAUGUAUCCAGGCCCCAAGGGUCUUCCAGAACAGCCUGCAUCCGAAGCGAGCCAUGUCGUCUUUUCACAUAUCGACGCAGAACGAUACCCACUCGAUGACGAUGUUUUGGACAUGGAAAUCACCUUGUGGCUUGAACUGUGCAUCUCUUUACUACAACAGUCUACAGACUGGGAGAUCUAUAGUUACAUUGUUGUCCAUUUGGGGCCCCAAUUGUCCAAUCAGUCACUUGUACGGAGUUGCAUCCCUCAGUUGAAGAUGCUUCGCAGCGUGACUUGCGAACGAAUUCGAAAUUCCUCUUUUCGGGAACCGCCUCAGUAUACUCUACUCAAAAAGGCAGACGUGGCUGUGUGUUUGUUCCACAUUCUCACUGUACUUAUCAGUUACCAUGACUACUAUGAAAAGAGCGAGGAAGAUGAUUUGGUUAAAGCCUUCAUCCACGGUAUUGGGUCUUGGGAUAGAACAUCCAAGUGGUGUAUCCAUGCUCUAUCAGUUUGCUGCCUUGAGGUACCCCUUUCUGUCAGCAAGUCACUCGACACAAUUGUCCAAAAAAUGUCGCAGAUUGUCACGAAACCGACCACAGCUUUACAUAUCCUUGACUUCCUUACGUCAUUGGCUCGCAUGCCUGAUCUGUUCAAGAAUUUCCGUGAGGAUGAAUUCAAAAUGGUCUUCGGAGUUAGCUUUCGCUAUCUACAGCAUAUUCGAGAUCAGCGAGAUCGUAUGACGUCCUCAACUCUUGCUCAAGUCAAUCAUCGAUCACUCCGACAAAGUGGCAUCGCACGCGAUCAAGCGGCUUCACCGGAACUGGGUGCCAAUGGCAAGAAGGGAGUUGAAGAAGAUUUACCCCAAUAUCUGUAUUCUCUUGCCUAUCAUGUUAUUGCCUUCUGGUUUAUGGCACUCAAGAUGGAAGAUCGACCCAAAUUCAUGGCCUGGAUAGCACGGAGUUUACGCUUCACAGACAGUAUGGGGAAACAGGCGGAUUUGGAGGAGCAAGGUCAAGUGAUCAUGGACAUGAUGAGCUCGAUGGCUCAUACGGACCGGGAUGAGACAACACGCGACGCAAAUUUCGCCAAUCCCGGUGAUGGUGAGAUCUGGAAGAAGACGUGGAUUGUGGGUCAGAGCCUGAUAACCAUUGAGACGGCAGCGCGGAGCGGCGUCUCGCAAAUCACCAGCAGAAGGCCAUGCGGUACACGGUACCUUUCACUACGCCCGUUGCUUGCGCCUGCUCCACGGCACCAAGCCCCUCUUACAUUCGGUCUUGCGUCGGAUGCAUUCUACAGUACGACCUACAUCGGCAUCCUGCCUGACGAUAUAUUCCAAACGUUCUUUGCGAGCAUGAAUAACAUAACCGACCCCCCCAUACCUUUACCAGACGAUGAUAUGACUCGUCGCGCCGUAUCCACUUUCGAUCGUAUUUCUGCGAUUGACAGUUACAAAGUCGGCGUCAUAUACAUCGGGCAAGGGCAAACUAACGAAAGAGAUAUUUUCAUGAAUGACAUUGGCUCGCCCGCUUAUACAUCUUUUAUCAGCGACUUGGGCACGCUAUGCCCUUUGAAAGGCGCCAAAUUCAACACGGGUGGACUAGACACGCGCGACGACGCGGAUGGCGAGUUCACUUAUGCUUGGCGCGAUCGCUGCAUAGAACUUGUGUUUCAUGUCACCACGAUGAUGCCUACGAAUCCGGAUGAUGAUAUGACCUACCCAAAUAAGAAGAAGCAUAUUGGUAAUGACUUUGUCAAUAUCAUCUUCAACGACUCAGGACUCCCUUACAAUUUUGAUACUUUUCCUUCCGCUUUCAAUUAUGUACAUAUCGUCGUUUCGCCAGAGUCACAAGCAUCUUUUGUCGACCGAAGAUUGGAUUCGGAUAUCGAGGGCAAGAACCGCUACUACAAAGUGCAAGUCAUCUCGAAACCAGGCUUCCCAGACAUCUCACCAGCCGCUGAGACCAAGAUCCUUGCCGGCAAACACAUUGCCAGCUACUGCCGUCUCAUUGCUAUCAACGCCUGCGUUUUCUCUCAAGUAUGGUUCAUCAAGGACGGAGGGGACUCUGUAUCAUCUUGGCGCAAUCGACUUCGGGAAAUUAAUCGCUUGAGAGAGCGAUACGGUGCGAACGAGGCAGCUACCUUGCUAUCAAACAUCAGUCCUUCGUCUCCUAGUCAACAACAAGGUCUCUCGAGCCCCCCAUCCCGGGAUAACAGUCUGGCAACACAGUUCCAACGCACCAGCAUUGUGACUCAGAUCAGCGAGAACACGAAUCGAAGCAGCAUCACCAGCAACUCCCAUGACGCUAUGCCAUGA